UAAUAAUUGUGCUGGCAUUAUCUUCAUUUUCAUAGCAGUUGGAGUCUUCUAUUUUGAGUAAAUACUAAAUAUUCUAAGUAUAAUCUCAUAUCGGUGGAGCCUUAAAUUAUUAGCUUAAAGUUGUGGUUGAGUUGGUUUCUUGACAUGGUAUCAGAAGCCUGGGUGAUAAGAGGUCACAGAAAUUAAUUCAUCAAGAUUCAAUUACUAAGAAGCCCAGAUCAGAAACUGUGGUUUUAUUUGAAGAAACAUCAGCAUUAGCCAUUAAGCAGUAAUGAAUCAUUACAAGAUAAUUUUGGGUUGGUGUUUGAUCAAUUUAGUGUUGGUUUCAAGCUAUGAUUGGAGAGGAAAUUCAAUUGAAAUGGCGGAUGUAUAUAUGAAAUACAGAGAUGAGAAUCAAGCAGUUGAAGUUAGAGUUGAAGAUCUUCUUAGCAGAAUGACUUUGGAUGAAAAGAUUGGCCAGAUGACUCAAAUUGACCGGGCUGUGGCCUCCUUUGAUGUCAUCAAGACUUACUCCAUAGGGAGUGUGUUGAGUGGUGGAGAUAGUCCACCAUUUCCAAAAGCAAAAGCGGAAGAUUGGCUAAACGUAAUAAAUGAUUUUCAAGAAGGUGCAUUGGCUUCUCGUUUGGGGAUACCCAUGAUUUAUGGAAUUGAUGCUGUUCAUGGGCAUGCCAAUGUCUACAAUGCUACUGUUUUCCCACAUAACAUUGGCCUUGGAGCCGCUAGAGAUCAAGACCUGAUUCGAAGGAUUGGUGCCGCGACUGCCCUGGAAGUUAAAGCUACAGGGAUUAGAUAUGCCUUUGCUCCUUGCAUUGCUGUUUGUAGAGAUCCAAGAUGGGGCCGUUGCUAUGAGAGUUACAGUGAGGAUCCUGAAAUUGUUCGAGAAAUGACUGAUAUAAUCUAUGGUUUGCAAGGAACAGACCCUACUGGAUCUCAAAAUGGCAUUCCUUAUGUUGGUGGAAGGGAUAAAGUUGUAGCUUGCGCAAAGCAUUUUGUGGGUGACGGAGGGACAACCAAAGGCAUUGACGAGAGCAACACAAUCGUAAAUACUGAUGAAUUGUUCAAAAUCCACAUGCCUGCCUAUCUAGACUCGAUCAGUAAAGGGGUAUCGACAAUUAUGGUCUCGUAUUCUAGCUUGAAUGGGAAGAAGAUGCAUGCUAAUCGUGAUUUAAUCACAGGUUAUCUCAAGAACACUCUCGGGUUCAAGGGAAUUGUUAUCUCGGAUUGGGAGGGACUUGAUAGAAUGACUAAUCCAUGGGGCGCCAACUAUACAGACUCCGUCUUGGUUGGAAUUCAAGCAGGAUUAGACAUGAUCAUGGUUCCUCACAACUAUACUGAAUUCAUUGACAUUCUCACUAACCUGGUAAAGAACAACUAUAUUCAUAUGGAACGUAUUGAUGAUGCUGUGAGGAGGAUAUUGCAUGUCAAGUUCACAAUGGGUCUCUUCGAAAACCCUAUGUCUGAUUUUAGCCUGGUACAUGAGCUUGGUAGCCAGGCUCAUAGAAAUCUAGCAAGGGAGGCAGUUAGAAAGUCUCUUGUUCUGCUAAAAAAUGGUAAAGAAGGAGAGACCCCAUUACUUCCUCUCCCUAAAGAAGCAACAAGAAUACUAGUAGCUGGUUCACAUGCUCAUAACUUGGGUUAUCAAUGUGGUGGAUGGACUAUUAAUUGGCUGGGAUUUACUGGUAACAAUGACACAAGAGGAACAACAAUCCUAGAUGCUGUGAAAUCCAGUGUUACCCCAACUACAGAAAUUGUGUACAAAGAACACCCAAAUAAAGCAUUUCUCAAAUCCAACAACUUCACACAUGCCAUCAUAGUCGUAGGGGAGCUUCCCUAUGCAGAGUAUCAUGGAGAUAGCCAGACACUCACAAUGGCAGAACCAGGUCCCUCUAUCAUCAACGAUGUUUGUGGGACAAUCAAGUGUGUUGUCGUUGUUAUCUCAGGCCGCCCCAUCGUCAUCGAGCCCUACAUUGCAUCGAUCGAUGCUUUGGUAGCAGCGUGGUUGCCCGGGACAGAAGGCCAAGGCAUUACUGAUGUGCUGUUUGGUGAUUAUGAGUUCACUGGAAAGCUACCUAGAACAUGGUUCAGAACUGUUGAUCAACUCCCAAUGAAUGUGGGAGAUUCAUACUAUGAUCCACUUUUCCCUUAUGGAUUUGGUCUGACAACUAACAAAAUAUACUUACAUGAUACUCAUUCAGAGAUUCAGUAUGAAUGAUAAAAUUCAAAAAAAUUUUAUACAAUUUUUUUUCUAGUUAAUGGUAUAGGAGCACUAUACUGCCAAUAUUCCAAGGUAAAACUUGUAUGUAAAAUUUACAAAGUAAACUAUGGGUUAUGGUAUUAAGUUACAUAUUGGAUUUUUUUUGUAAAAAUCUCAAUUUAUACUUGUUAUUUUGUAAAUACAUGAAUAAAACGAU